AUGAACAGUACAUCUAUCUUUGUGGCAUCGUCUGUUUUUGUGGCGUCUGCGUUCACUCUGUUUUGUUUCUCGAGACUAUUUCAAAGACCGCAUGUUAAAAAAGUCUCGUUCAACCCAUCAGUGCCUCGUUUCACAUUAGGCGAUACGUCACUCCCUAAAGUUAUCGAAUACGACAAGGGAAAUUUAACGCUUGAUUUCUGUACAUCCAUCUGUACACUGAUCAGUAUAUCUGAUUAUGACACAAGACAGAAGCUUAUCAUCAGUAUUCAUCAAGCUUCAUCAUUUCGUCGGAACUUUGAUGUCAUUAGGGACUCUAAGUGCCUAGAACUCCUCCUAUCUCUCCUGGAUUCUACCUCAGGGACGUUAUCAGGACGCCAGCAAAACCUAAACAUUCUUCACGUUGUAAUGAACUUGGCGUGCGAUCAACAAAAUUUUCCAGUCAUAAAGGACUAUCUCGAUGAUAUUUUAUUAAUAGCAAAUGCAGUGGAAUACAGUGAUCAAGCAUGCGUUGCUCUUCAGGUCCUCGGUAAUAUAGCAUUAACUCCAGAUGGAUGCAAAUUGCUACGUAAUAAAUGUGGUUAUCUCUGUAAUAUGUUAAAAAUUCGCGAUCCAUACGUCCUACGAAAUCUACUAGUAGUUUUUGUGAAUCUGUCCUGUGACAUAGAUUGUUGUGGUGAAAUUCUUACACAGAAUCCUGAGGAAUUUAUGAAAACUUUGGAGUACUCAUUGUCUUCGAGUGCACCCAUAUCAGUUUCUCUAAAAAUGAUCGUUCUCCUCAAUAAUCUAUAUUCUCGGAUGAUACAGAAGCAAGAAACUUCACGGAAAUCAUCUGAUUCCUCACCCUCUUCAAAGUCUAUAGCUAAUUCACUUAAGAAUAAUUGCACUCUAGUUAAAUCGUGGAUUAUGUUCUUGAUAUCUUCAUCAAAAGACCCGGGUGAACUCGAAUUUCAUUUGCAAAAGCUUGCAUCUUCUUUGGAAAAAGUGGAAAAUUUCAACACUGAGUUAUGA